AUGUUACACAUCUCCAGGUUACACGUACACUCAUUUGCCCAUAAUCUUCUAUAUUCCAUAAAUAAUAGUAGAUUCCACUUAUUAAAAUGCAUCCUUCUAAAGAGUAGCUCAUCUUAUUCCACCGGAACAUCGAUGGAAGGUGAAACACAUAUUUCUGAUCCCAAGUGUGAUACAAAUGAGCCUUCUAGUCCUUCCAAACAUUCAAAAAACGAAAACAAACACAGUAAAAUUUCACACCCUGACAAAUGUCUGAUAAAUGCUGAAAUUAGUGGUUUAGCCUCCCCAAUUUCUGCCAUGUGCUGGCACAAGGGCCCUUAUUCUGACUAUUUUGAUCAUAACUCUGAGAAUGUAGACAGUGAAAGCAUUGAAUUUACCACAAAUAACGAUGUGCAGAAGGAAUUGUUCCCACAGACUGAUAUGAUCGAGGAAAUGGAACAUUUGUUAUCGUUGGAGCGGAAGGAAAAGGACCGAGUUAGGCUGAUUUUGGAGAAAAGUAAACCCUUGAAAAUCGAUGAGCACAUAAAGGACAAGCAGCUAGCAAGUAGAGUUUCAACUCUAAAGCUGCUGUCAAUAUCGUCCAGAUUGGCUAAAAGAAGCCCAUCGAGUGCCAAACCACAAGUAGAUAUCGCAAAAUACCUAAAGGAAAAAAAGUACCAAAAAUCAUUAAUGAGCCAUGCCGAUAGUCACAAGGAUUAUAGAAGCAAAGGUGAGACCAGCAGAAAGCAAAGCAUCCUUGAAACCGUCCGUAUAUUGGACGUGGAUAGACUACCCCUGCCUAUACUGCAUCAUAUGCUGUGCUACACACUUGUCAAGAAUGUGCCCGCGGAAAACGUCCUGAAAAUCAUCUCGAAUAUUGCAAGCCUGAGAGAUAAGAACAAGCACGUCUGCUACCACAACCUGUUUAAGCUGGUAACUUUGAAGUCGAGUCCCAUCUGCGCCCCGGAGAUCGUCGCAACGCUCACUCGGUGCUACCAGAGCAUCAGCAUACCCUUUAUGGUCGACUACGUCAGGAAGUACGGCACGUUUUCCAGGAAGUUCCUGGCAAACCUGAUAAACAGACACUCGCAGCCAUCGCCGCUGGACUUUUUCAGGUACCAGAGUCACUCCAGGAACCUCCCACUGAUCUUGACCAGGCCCUGGUCACUGUUGAGCUUCGUGAACCUCCUAAAAAGCUCAUCGGCCAAACGAUACAUGUACUUGAACCUGCUCAACUACGGGUAUGUGCCCAAUUUGCAAAAAUUCGAUAAACUACACGCCUUUGGAACGAUGGAUUAUGAGCUCAGCGGCCAGAUACUCUCCUUUGAAAAGAUGCUGGACGAGAACGCCCUAAUCUCAGAGGCCAGGGAGGACCCGAAUCGGCCAAAGCUUUACGACAAAAUACUCGAGUUGCAGUACUCGGGAGACUCGAAUUUGGAGGACAUGGAGCUCUCCAGCGACGCCGACACACACGAGCCGACCUCAACAAGCUUGCAAUUUGUCAAGGUUCUGGACCAAAGGGCCGAUUGCAGCAGUUCCCGAACCUCAGAGGAGGCCCAUGGAUACAAGGACAUUGACGACAGCAUACGCGAGGACGGCGGUCACAUUUCCUGGAGUCUUCCCUGGGGACUGAAGAGGGACGCGUUCCACUACAGAGGUAAAACAUACAAACUGGACCGGGUCAGCGGCUGGUUGAAGGUGAAGUCGAGUGUUAGGAUCAACUACCUGAAGAACGUCAAGAUGAAUAAGCGGAAACGGGAAAGAAGGCUGCUCCGGCGGAGAGCCCGGAAGCAGGCUAAGCUACGAAUUCUAUCUAGCCUGUAA